AUGGGCUCGCAGGCAUUUGCGGAUAUCGACCCUACAUUAUGGGCAAAACGGAAGCAGUUGAGUCGGCAGAAGAAAGAACUAGAUAAGAUCGCUUAUGGGAAGAAAAGAAGAGAGGAAAGAGCAAAUAACCCUGAUCUACGCACUAGUGGAGUGAUCUGGAAGCAGGAAGGUAUAACAAAGGAGGCGUUGCUCAAGGAAAUACGCGCUUUAAAGAAGAAAAAUAGAGAGUAUGAGCUCAAGAACGCGAAACUUCGAUCUGAAUGUGAUAUAAAAAGGGAGGAAAUGAGCUGCUUGAGGAAGAAAAUCGGCGAUGUUAGCCGUGAUAACAGAAGCUGGGCACUGCGGCAAUCCAAACUGGUGCAAGAAAACAAACAGUUAAAGAUAGAGGUGUCUGCUUUAAGGCGAAAACUUGGAAAACAUCUCGCAGAGCGUGUUUCUAUGCAAGCCCAGUACAGUGCAUUAGUUUCAGAGCUUGGGAACAAUGAAAACGACGAGGAGAAUGAAGAAAAUGGGUAUUAUGACGAAAACGAGGGAGAAACAGACCCAAGCAUAGGAAUAAGAAUGCAAAAAGAGGAUGAUACAGAUAGCAUAUAUAACGACAGAAAUGCAACAACGAGAGUCGGAGUUCCGGCGAGCGAAAUGGACACUACGCAAUUAUUGAAUCUGGACCCGUUUUCGAUUCCAAGGAAGAAAAGCAUACAGUCCAAAGGUAGGUUUGAUAGUGAGGAUGAGGAUAUGGACACGGAAAAGUUGCUAAGCAUAUAA